CAUCCAGCUGCAGAGUGGCAGGUUUGACUGUGCAGAUCGUCAGUUCCACUCUGUAGCAGCCGCCUGGCAGGCUCGCAUGGAGAGCCCCGCUGACGUCAAGGAGCUCAUCCCGGAGUUCUUCUACUUUCCAGAGUUCCUGCAGAACAUCAACGGGUUUGACCUGGGCAGUCUGCAGAUGACCCAGAACGAUGUGACUGAUGUUCUGUUACCACAAUGGGCCUUGUCUAGAGAAGACUUCAUCAGGAAACACAGGAAAGCUCUGGAAUGUGAGCAUGUUUCCUCUCACCUCCAUGAGUGGAUUGACCUGAUCUUUGGCUGCAAGCAGAGAGGGGAGGAGGCGGUGGAGGCUCUCAAUGUCUUCUACUACUGCACCUAUGAAGGUGCGGUGGAUCUGGACGCCAUAGCCAAUGAGACGGAGCGCAAGGCCCUGGAGGGCAUCAUCAGUAACUUUGGACAGACGCCCUGUCAACUACUCAAGGAGCCACACCCUCCUCGUAUGUCAUCAGAGAAUGCAUCUAGGAGGCAGGCCCGCAUGGACACUCUACCCCCCAACCUGUUUGAACAGCUCGACAAACUACGCCCUUUUAAGGAGGUGGUGUGUGAUGGGCGACCUCUGGUCCAGGCGGUGGUUCCCAGGAACCAGAACCGCUCCUUUAUCAUCCAGGGCUCUGACGUACUGGUGACAGUGAGUUCUGACGGCCUGAUUGGGACCCACAGCUGGCUGCCUUACGAUAAGAACAUCGCCAACUACUUCACCUUCACCAAGGACCCCACCGUGGCCAAUCCCAAAACCCAGCGGUUCCUCAGUGGUCUCUUCGCCCCAGGGGUAGAUCUCAGUACCAAGGUGUUGGUGGUGUCCAACGAUGGCCGUCUGCUGUUCAGUGGAGGACACUGGGACUGCAGCCUCCGAGUCACCCAGCUGGGAAAGGGCAAACUGGUGGGCAGGAUCUGCCGACACAUCGACGUGGUGACAUGUCUGGCUCUGGACCUCUGUCUGGUGAUCUACGUGGUGACAUUGUGGCAGGUUCUACAGCAGGGUGAGUUCUCCAGUGGUCUCUCUCCUCGUCCAGUGCAGGUCCUCUGUGGACACGACCAGGAGGUCACCUGUGUGGCCAUCAGCACCGAGUUGGACAUGGCUGUCUCUGGGUCAAAGGAUGGUACUCUGAUAAUCCACAGUGUACGCCGUGGCCAGUUCCUCCGUACCCUGCGUCCGCCCGGUGAGAGCUGCCUGCCAUCCCGGGUCACUGAGUUGCAGGUGGGCAUGGAGGGGCACAUCGUGGUACAGACCGCCCUGGAGGGACACACUGCUGGAAAGGAGAAGUACUCCCUCCAUGUUUACUCUGUGAAUGGCUGUCUGCUGUCGUCUGUCAACCUGGAGGAAGAGGUGACAGCUCUCUACCUGGUCCCAGAGUACAUCAUUCUGGGGACCCAGCAGGGAAACCUACACAUUAGACACCUGUACAGUCUGGCGCUGGCGGUGUCUCCCCUGCCGUUGAAGGUGGCUGUGAGGAGUGUGUCGGUGACCAGAGAGAGUAGCCACAUCCUGGUGGGCCUGCAGGAUGGGAAGCUCAUCGUGGUGGGGGCUGGGAAACCAGAGGAGGUACGCUCAGGUCAGUUUUCCCGUCGGCUGUGGGGCUCAACACGCCGAAUCUCUCAGGUUUCCUCAGGAGAGACAGAAUACAACCCCACUGAGACUUCUGGGAAGUGAGGGUCGCCAUGAAAACAUACGGAAGGCAAUAUUAUCGUAGCCUGUUAGGCUCACCCGAGGCUUGGUUGAUGGCCGACACCCAAAUGGCAUCCUAUUCCUAUAUAGUGCCUAUUGGGUUCUGGUCAAGGACAGCAGUAUAUAGGGAACAGGGUGCCAUUUGGAACACAGACAUUUUUCGAGCCACCAGCAGUGGAUUUGCUGAAUCAGAAUGGAGACCCUGGAUGUUGGUGUCAGAAAGCCCACCCAGAACUUUACUGGACUGAUUGACUGUUAAAGCCUCUAUGGGUCCAAGCCUCUAUGGGUCCAAGCCUCUAUGGGUCCAAGCCUCUAUGGGUCCAAGCCUCUAUGGGUCCAAGCCUCUAUGGGUCCAAGCCUCUAUGGGUUCAAGCGCCCCGAGAAGACACGAUAAACAAAGGCUUUUUUUUCUACUAAAGGGAAAAUAAAAUAUUUUUUGAUUUAGGUGGUUUUAUACUCUAUUUUUAAAAAGGCAUCAUUCCAAAGAUGACUCGUGUUUUGUAGACGAGAAAGGAGGCUCUGUUUUAUGUGACUCCCAACCCCUUUUACUGGUUUGUUCCGAGGCCAGUUGUGUGGCAAUGGCACCUUGUCUAAAACUCCUUCAAACUUGAAAACGAUAAACGUUGCAAGAGAUUUCCAUGGUGAAGUACCAGUGUAGACCACUAGAGGGUGGGAUUUCUCUCUCUACAUGUGUGCAAUCCUGCUGAAAAUAAAAUGCAAUAACCCGUUUGGAGUGGUCCAGACGGUUUGUGCGGUUUGUAUUGUCACAUGAUGGAUGGUAAUGUUCACAACAAAUGAACCACUGUUGCCUUAAAUAGGAGAGAAGAGAUGUUAUAUAGCAUAUAUAGCAUCUGUUUGUGCAGCUCACAUUACUGCUUUAGAGGAUUGGUUUGAUUGGUUGUGUGUUCCUGAUGUGUUGCCUGUGUUGCAUUAAUUGAUGACUCAUGUAGUUUGUCUGUGUCUUCAUCUUCACUAUUUUCCAGCAGAGAAUACCUUACUGUAGCUGUUGUUAUUGUUUCAAACUUGUUGUAACUGAAAAGUGCCUGUCAUCUUUUCCUCCAGCACUGAUUGGCACGAGAUGAGAUGAGAUGAUCCCCUCCUUCUUUUUUCGGUCUCUCAUCUGCCUGCCAUCUUUCCCUCCCUCCCUCCUGCUCUGUCCAUCACUUUUUCUUCUGUCGCAGGCCAGUGUUUUACAGUAGCUCCAGUCUUCGUAAGGACCUGCGUGUCCUCGGCAACCAAAUCUGCAUCACUUGUAACUAACGGUCAUAUUGUUGGUAAACUGUUAUACAGACAGCUGUUAAAGAGUCCUCAUCCAUCAAGGCGAUUUAACCUUUUAUACUGGUAGUAUCUUGUUAUUUUCUGAAGCACUGAGUUGAACCCUUUUGAACUAGAGAUGGCUUGUGUCCCAAAUGGCACCCUUUCCCCUAUUAUAGUGCACUACUUUUGCUCAGGGCUCCGGUCCAAAGCACUGCACCAUAUAGGGAAUAGGGUGCGAUUUGAGAGGCAGUCGUGGUGUCUGUAGAACACAUGGGUGGAAAGAUAGACUUGGGCUCCCAACGAGCCAGUAGAGGAAUGUACUUCCUGUGAAAAGCCCCUUUUUUCUGCGGUUGGGUUGGAGAGAGACUGUUGUUAUGCACUGUCAUGUUGGGAUGGAAGAGACGCAAAGGGAGCGUUCCAAAUAGCGCCAUGUGUAGUGCACUACUUUUGACCAGGGCCCCAUAUAUGGUGGCAUUUGGUACUCAGUCACAAAGACAAAAGGGAACUGUUGGGAAAAUGGAAUGGCAACAAAAUCACGUCUCCAGUCUCUACUAACAGGCUGCAAUCUGUGAUUGGAUGGAGAGUGAAUGUUUAGAGAAAAAGAGAGAAUAUUGCUGUAAUCUUUUCCACCAUUCCGGCUCUCUCAGUAGCACUUGAGUCCGGGAACGAGGUUAAUAUUGCUGUAACUUUGAUGGUUGUUUUACUGCGUGUCGCUAUACUAUGUGUUUAAAAGGUCAAGGGUCACAAUAUAUGGUAAUGCAUUAUUACAUGUCUAUGUUAAUGAUCUGGCUGUGAUGUUGACAGAAUGUCUGGGUUUUAUUGAAAAAGGUGGGCCUGAAAUGCCUGCAGAAAU